AUGGAGAUGGAGGAUGUUGCUUCAGCAGAAAACAGAAAACCACGAACAUCGAAGACAGAAGCACGUGGUCCAGCCAACCCGGUAAAUACGUCCAGAUCCCUUCCGGGUUCAUCACAAGCUCUCAAUCUCGGUUUUAUCAUUAAGCCGACACGGGAGGCAUCUCCACCAAAGAUUUCGGAAGCCGCCAGUCAACGGCCCGAGAAACAAGUCAGUGAUGUCCCGAUUCGUCGACCGGCUGAAAAGGAGCUUCGAGGUAUUUCGAAGCUAGAGAGCGAUAACCGAGAGCUCCGGGACGAACUCCAGAAGCUUCAGGAUCGAUUGUCCAGCGUUCAAAGCACAAAUGCUCGAGACCAUGACACCGGGCUUGCGGCUGGACUCGCAGACAGUGCCAAUAAAAUUGCAAAACUCGAAGACGCCCUCGCAAAUGAAAAAUCCCAGGCCGCCGAUAAGAUCUCGGCGCUAACACGCGAGGUCGCAAAGAUCGCGCAGCUUCAGAACGUCAUUUCAGGGUUGGAAACGAAAUGGACAAAUAGCCAACGAGACCUCCUGCAAGCUCAACGGGACAAAAGGACCCUAAGCGACCAAAUUGCUCAAAAGGACCAGUCGAUUGCGUACUUCAAUAACAAGUACAACCAAGAAAAGGAGGCGAAGGAGAAGCAGAUGUGCGACUUCAGCAGGCAGCAUCAAUCCCUAGCCACCAGCUGCGCCAACAAGGACAAAACCAUUAAACAGCAAAAGCUCGACAUAGUAGCAUUGCGCAAAGAGGCAGAGCACCACCAUGAAGGAUUUAAGAAAGCGGCAGCGGAAAAUGAGAAGCUGCGAGCUCAUAUUGAGCAGCAAGAAAUGUCCGUUACCAAAGCUCAAAACGCUGCGAUGAGUGUGCUCGCCCGGUCGCUCUCCGCUGCAUUACCAGACGAUCGAAUCAGAACAAAAUUUAAGGAGCUCUUCGAAAGCAUUGCCGAAUGGGCGAGGGACAACGCCACCGAGGACAGAACAAUUCUCGACGAUACUGACAGUAAAUUAAAAUGGCAAAAGUAUGGGAUUUUCCGGUGGGUCGCCGAGCUGGGAGCUCAGCCCAAUCUGGAAUUCGACUUUGGAGAUGAGACGGCGAUCGACACACUGCUCAAUACUGCUCUUGCGAGGCGUUUCUGUCAAGACUUCUUGAGAAAUCCUUUCUGGUUCGCGGAGGACUCCAGCCCUAUCACGAAUGUAAAUCUUCCAAAGGCAGAACGCAUCGAUACCGACCUUGCCAUGGGAAGGCUGCUGAAGAAAAUGAUGAGUUACCACGAGGGGCACGAGGCGGGGGUUCAUGCCUGGCGCGCAGCGACUGUGGAGACGCUUGCUGGCUCGCCGUAUGCGCGAGAGAAGAUUCAAAACGCGUAUAAGAAGUAUAUGGAGGAGGAGCUCCUCGAUUUCUGCAAGGAUUUCGUGCGGUCUGGACUGGAUGAAGUCGCCAAAGGGGACCUGCUCAGCAUCGUCGCGGCAUUUGGGGACUUUGCGAUCGAGAUCUGGUCACAAAAGUACGACGUCCAGUAUUUUUGCCUUAACUCGUUCGAGAGGGAUGUGUACAAAGUAUCGGACGAAAGAAUGGAGCUGGCACGAGCCGUGGGUGUGGAGGAAGGUGAUGUGUCCCUGGACGGGAGGCCGAUCCCGUGUGUGGUCCAGCCGCUGAUACUCGGGUAUGGAACCAGUGACGGCAAGAAUUAUGACAGAAAGCGUGUGUGGUCCAAGGCUGUUGUGUGGGUGUCGAAAGAUGGCAAGUCCGAAGCCUCACAGGCGGCCAAGAGUCGUUUUCAGACUUCGUGGUGGUACGGAGGUGGCUCAUUUGUUUGA